GGUCAGUGAGCGGUCAGUAACAUGGCCCUGGGCAAGUUCAAGGCUGCGCUCAGGGACUACGAGAUGGUGGUGAAGGUGAGGCCCAACGACAAGGACGCCAAGCUCAAGUACCAGGAGUGCCACCGCAUUGUCAAGCAGAAGGCGUUCGAGAGAGCCAUCGCCAGCGACGAGCACAAGCGCUCCGUGGUCGACUCGCUGGACAUCGAGAGCAUGACCAUCGAGGACGAGUACAGCGGCCCCAAACUGGAGGACGGCAAGGUCACCUUGGCCUUCAUGAAGGACCUGAUGCAAUGGUACAAGGACCAGAAGAAACUCCACAGGAAAUGUGCCUACCAGAUCCUGGUGCAGGUGAAGGAGGUGCUGGCCAAGCUGCCCACCCUGGUGGAGACCACGCUCCAGGAGACGGAGAAGGUGACGGUGUGCGGGGACACGCACGGGCAGUUCUACGACCUGCUCAACAUCUUCGAGCUCAACGGGCUCCCCUCCGAGGCCAACCCUUACAUUUUCAACGGGGACUUCGUGGACCGCGGCUCCUUCUCGGUCGAGGUCAUCCUGACGCUCUUUGGCUUCAAGCUGCUCUACCCUGAGCACUUCCACCUGCUCCGAGGGAACCACGAGACGGACAACAUGAACCAGAUCUACGGCUGCGAGGGCGAGGUGAAGGCCAAGUACACGGCGCAGAUGUUCGCCCUCUUCAGCGAGGUCUUCGAGUGGCUGCCCCUGGCCCAGUGCAUCAACGGCAAAGUGCUGAUCAUGCACGGGGGGCUCUUCAGCGAGGACGGGGUGACCCUCGAUGACAUCCGCAAGAUCGAGCGCAACCGGCAGCCCCCGGACUCAGGGCCGAUGUGUGACCUGCUCUGGUCUGACCCCCAGCCCCAGAACGGCCGGUCGGUCAGCAAGAGGGGGGUCAGCUGCCAGUUUGGCCCCGAUGUCACCAAGCGCUUCCUGGAGCGGAACCGCCUGGAGCUCAUCAUCCGCAGCCACGAGGUCAAGCCCGAGGGCUACGAGGUGGCCCACGAUGGCCGCUGCGUCACCGUCUUCUCCGCCCCCAACUACUGUGACCAGAUGGGCAACAAGGGCUCCUACAUCCACCUGCGGGGCAGCGACCUCCGGCCCGACUUCCACCAGUUCACAGCAGUGCCUCACCCCAAUGUCAAGCCCAUGAUGUACGCGAACACCCUCCUGCAGCUGGGCAUGAUGUGACCCCCCCGAGGGGGUCCCCACGACCCCCUCCCAGCACCCCAAAAAAAACCGUUCCCCCCCCCCCAACCCCGCAGCACCCCCCAGGGGGGUUUUAAUAUAUUGGAAGAUUGUAUUUAUUCCCCUUCCCCCUCCCCAGUGCUCCCAGUUUGGGGCAGGAGGGGCUGGGGUGGCACCUGAUGGGGGGGGGGUGGUCCUGGA